CCUCCCCCCGCCUCUAUUCUAAGUCGCAGCGCGAGCCCCGCCGUCAUUCUGCCUCCGAGAGAGACCGCGGCCACGGCACUCUCCCCCCCGCCGCCUCCUCCUCAAGAUGCACGGCCAGCUGCUGCUCGCUGCGCUGCUCCUCUCCGGCUGCACCUGGGCGAGCCCCAAGCCCGAUGAGAAGGAGGAGGAGGCGCAACCACAAGCAGCACUCAGCAGCAUCCACCGGGUGCUGCUGAGCCGGAGGCCUCGCACGCUCACGGCCAACAACAUCUACGUGUACGAGAACCUGCGCGGAACCUUCCCUCGCGAGGUCGGCAAGGCGGAGGUGACGGACCGCCUCCCGGGCGAGGUUUACUUCCGGCUGCACGGCGCCGGCGCUGACGAGGAGCCGCGCGGGGUGUUCACCAUCAACGAGAGGGACGGCACCAUCUUCGUCACCCAUCCGCUGGACCGCGAGUACAUCGCCCAGUACCAGCUGCGGGUGGAGGGCGUGAGGGUGGACGGCUCGCAGCUGGAGAAGCCCGUGAUGCUGGAGGUGCGCGUGCUGGACCUCAAUGACAACAAACCGCAGUUCACACACGGGCCCUACAAGGGCACGGUGCAGGAGGGCUCGCCCAACGGGACGGUGGUGAUGAUAAUGACGGCGGAGGAUGCGGACGAGCAGGACACGGACAACGCGGAGCUGCGCUACACCAUCCUGAGCCAGUCACCCGCGGUGCCCAGCGCCCACAUGUUCACCAUCGACGCGGAGACGGGGAGCAUCACCACCAACGUGGACGCCGCACUGCUCGACCGCGAGUCUCUCCCAACGCUGGCGUACGAGCUGGUGGUGGAGGCGCGCGACACGCCGGGGGUCGAGCAGGGCCUCACCGGCACGGCCACCGCCACGGUGCACAUCACCGACAAGAACGACCACGCGCCCGUGUUCACACGCACCUCGCACGCGGUGACGCUGCGCGAGGACGCGCGCGGCGUGUUCCUGAACCUCACGGUGGAGGACAAGGACGAGCCGGGCGGCCCCGCGUGGCGCGCCGUCUUCCACAUCGCCCACGGCAACGACGCAGCCCUCUUCAACGUCAGCACCAACCCCAAGACCAACCAGGGCAUGCUGGCCGCCGUCAAGCCCCUGGACUUCGAGCGCUCGUCGGCGCACGAGUUGGUGAUCGUGGCGGAGAACGAGGAGGCGCUGGCGGCGGGCGUGAAGGCCGGCCCCUCGUCCACGGCGACGGUGCGCGUGAUGCUCACGGACGUGAACGAAGCGCCCGAGUUCGCGCCCUCGUCCGCGCUCGCCAUCACGUGGCGCGAGAACGCCGCCCCGGGCACCACGCUGCUCAGCCUCAACGCCACCGACCCUGACCGCGCACACAAGCAGACAGUGCGGUACGCGGUGCUGUCGGACCCGGCCAACUGGCUCAGCGUGGUGCCAACGUCAGGCCAGGUGCGCACGCUCAAGCGCCUCGAUCGCGAGUCGCCCUUCGUCAACAACAGCCGCUACACGGCGGUGUUCACCGCCACCGACAACGGCGUCCCGCCGGCGACAGGCACGGCGACGCUGGUGAUCACGCUGCUGGACGAGAACGACAACGCGCCGCACGUGAUGCCGGCCGACCUGCGCGUGUGCGUGGGGCCACGCAACGCCUCGUCCCCGCCGCUCGGCACGCUGUGGGCCCGGGACCUUGACCUGGCGCCCAACGGGGAGCCCUUCAUCAUCGCACUGCCCAAGUCGCCCAUGGGGCUCGACAAGACCUGGAAGCUCACCAAGGUCAACGGCACGCACACCGAGGUGCGGCUCCUGCAGACGCUCAAGAAGGGGCGCCACCUCCUGCCCGUGGUGGCCACGGACUCGGGGAACCCGCCCCAGAACAACCACACCAACGUGCCGGUGCUGGUGUGCCCGUGCCCCAAGGGCAAGAUGGAGUGCGGGGCGCUGGGCCUGGCGCCCCUCAGCGUGCUGGCGCUGCUCGCCAUCGGGCUCCUGUCCACCUGGGGGCCGUGAGCGCACCUCUCGCUGGCAGCCUGCUCGCUCGCUCGCACGCACACGGAGCCACCGCCAUUUACUCUCCCUGGGGCGUCCGUUAUAAGAAGGAAGACCAACCUCGCUCUGCAUGACAACGCCGGCCGACUUACUGUGUGUGCGGAGGAAGGUUUGUGCGUGCGCGCCGUGCCCAGCGCGUGUGAUUUCUGCCGAGGUAGCGCGUAUUUGAUUAACUCGUUGGUAACGGGGUACCUUGUGCCAUUUAUAUCCUCGUUUGAAUGUGCAUUGGCAUUUGCUAGUCGAAAUUAAAUCUCUACUGUAUUAAUUAAUACGUGUUGUCUGUUAAAAACUAGGGCUUUGGUCUCUGUGUUUACGGAUAGAAUUUUCUGUCUCUAUUUAGCCGUGCUUAUCUCAGGCUCGUGUGGCACCGAUCACGUAAUCAAAGCUUUGCAUCCCCUGCGCAUUCGUCACUGAAACGUGUGCAGGCCCUGGGAAAAGCGCCCCGCCGCGAUGUACGCGGCGGCCACGCAGCGUUACGGGGGAAAGGCCCACGGCCCCUGACCAGCCGAGCGGGGUGACCUGCCCUAGCCUGCUCCAUAGCCUGGCUUAGGCCUCGCUGUCAACAGGGAAUGCGCUUCUGAAUAUCGUGCUUGGGCACAAUUGUGGCAGCGAGGCAUCAGGGCUGCGCAACACCGACGAUCUUUAAUGCGGAUGCUUAUAGUUGUUGUACUAUCUUAACAUUUAAAAUUGCCAUAUUCCCAGCUGGGAUGGGCAUGUGUGGGCAUACACGCUCUCUGGAUCGGUGGUGUUUUAGGACGUUCUCCCGUAAUGCUGUCGCUUUAUAGGCUUCGCUACGAAGGGGGCCCACAAUCGUGAUGAGCGAGGUGCCGCAGGGCGAUGAGGAAAUGCCACGAUGUAUCGUAGAUGUGGCCGAGCGUCGUUUCCGACAUUGCUUUUGUUUUUGUAAGAUGUCAAACUUGGAGCUGUCUGUUUCAUGCGCAGUCAUGGUGUCGUGCGGAUGAACGAAUCGGGGUUAGGAAAUUAAAGAGAUGCAUUUAUUUCGAGCAACACAUCAAUAAUAAUUCAUAAUGCGCAUUCCAUUCUAGGAUCCCAAAUGCGCCUAAUGGGAGAGUGGACAACCAUGGAGGAGUCAAGGCCUCACAACGUUCUGUCUGCAUGAGCGACUGGAAGCAUGUUUCCAUUGCUGGCACCUGGAUUGCAAGCGUUUGAUUUCUAUGGAAAAAAACAAACCCCCAAAUCCUCCAGGGUCCGUUGUGCAGCCACGAAUGUAGCGUCCAGCAGCGUGCACGAGGAACUCUCACUUCCAGACGCUGAUGUGGACAGAGCGACGCAGAGAGGCCACUCAUGCUUUGUCGACGCGCGAGGGGUUCGUUACGUGCAUCGUACGAACCGCUCCCGGCGGGUUAAAACAAUUGAUCGAUUGAGGCCACAAGGCCGAGGUGUGUUGUCAGGAUAAUCGUCAAGCGACGCCAUAGCUCGUUCUCGUACGCUUGGGUGCCAGUCCAAUGCCCGGAUGUGUUAUUCAUCACGACUCCGACGUGUUCUCCCCCGAACACCUGCGAGGCGUCUGCGGUUGCCGCAGGGUGCACGCUCGUCUGCCGCAGCCACGCACUCUGCAUUGACGCCGAUUUCCAGACUCCCAAUCGUAGCCUCGACACCCGUUUCUUCGGUACGGCAGCCGCUCUUUGCCGCCCACCGAGGGUCAAGCGACGAGACCGUUUCCCCGUAAACUUUCACCAAGGUUGGUAAUGCGCGUCCUGCGACAUAAUGCCGAUUUUAAAGCUGUUGUAAAUUUAUUUUAAAAUAUAUUUAGCACGCGAUCACAUCCUUUGGCCUAGUUUGCAGGCUCACGGAGGCAAAUGCUGUCUGGAGUUGGCCUCAUUGACAGCGGCACCAUUGUGAAGGCCGCUUGUUUAGCGUCUUUUUCGACACGGUGUCUGACGUUGAGCUUCUUAGCUUCAGUUUCUGAAGGGGCCCACAAAGCACGCGGAGCGCAAGCGUCAGACAUCGCGCCGAGCGACGCAAAGUACAAACCGGAAACCCAUUGGAGUGUGCGUAGCAGUUUGAUACAAAUGCCUCAGCGCUGCGUGUCAGAGAACAUGCUUCCUGCUGCAAGUGUAGCUGGUGUGCAUCCAGGUGUUCUGAAGCUUGUAUGUUUGUAAUUGUGUUGGGCAAAGCGCAAAUGUUGUUGAUCUUUUUGUGUUGUUUGUGUAUAUUCUGAAGCUUAGACGAAAACCAGUUUGAGUUUUUAAAAUAAAAAUGCCUUUUGAUGAUUAUUACAGAACGAUAGUGUACACGUGUCAAGGACAGAUUGGCGUUGAGCCGUUGGAGUGGGAUCUCCUUGUGACGUCACGCUCACCGCGUGCAUCUUUGGUGGAAUGGUUUAAAAUGGCCGCGGAAUCGGAUCUUUACACGCCCUGCGGUCACACGAACUUCCCCGCGUCGCGCUGCCGCUACUCGUAACAGAAAAAAAGGCAACGCACUCGCGACGAGCGGCCGUGGCCUCCACAGCAAACACAGAGAGAGGCCAGAGAUGGAGAUCGCUCCACCUCGCGCCUCUCUGUGUGUGCUGUGAACCAGGGCCAAUGUAUACUUUUAAAUAUGAUUAUUUUAUAUUUUCUCUUUUUAAGGCCACGGUGUUUCUUGACUAAUGCGUUGCGUCGUUUUAUUAUUUUCGCGUGUGCACCACUGCCAACGCAGCAACAGCAGCAGCGUCACCAGAUAUAAUGUGGCCACUACUUUAGAAUUCAGGCUCCUCUGGACUGCACGCACCAGUAUUGGCUUCCAGAUCUUGUGCUGAAGCAGUGCCGAAAGACCCGCUACAUUACUAUUGCCCCGUGCGUCCUUCAGAAAACUAAACGAUCCAUGAACCGGGAUUUAUGCAAUGUUUACCAUUGCCAAAUAAUUACAGGAGUGAAUUUUGUAAGUCGGCUGUGGAAACCGCCCCACCAAUGUGCAUGGCAUACGCGACAGCACAAGGUCCCAUGAGAGAUUUGAUGAUUUACAAACCCGCCAUCAGCCAUGCAAUGCUGGUGGCAGUUGCUUCUGCCGGGGGCUUUGGAAGCGAAUGCUCCAUCGACCUGUGAUGCCUACGAUGUUGUUUCUGCCUUGUGUUUGUCUAUCAUGGUGCACAGGGUGACCCAAACGGUCAACAAACAACACCUGUCAACGCAUUAUAUUUCACUAAGAGAUACGGCUGGAGAUGGAGCUACGAUUUUUUCAAUUGGAUAAAUAUUGCAAAAAGUAAGCGACAAAAUAAAGAAGGUUCGUGGUGUUGGUUAACGAGCUCGUCGCCCGCGGUGUGAAGUGUCACGGGCGCGAGGUCUUGACGUCGACACGGCGGGCGCCACUCCAACGGAACAAAGCGGCGAUGGUGAUCACCAAGAACGUCCUCACUUAGGAGGCUGGCCUGCCAGCUUGUUGUAUUGUGUUCUUUUUUUACUAAUAUACUACACAGUGCAGGAUUACAUGAAGGCAAAUUCUCGACUGAGCGGAGUGCUUCGCGUGCUCAGUGGUGUCACCGCCGAAGAGCUCGUUCGCUCAUAGACGCUGCACCCCAUCGAUCCGUGGACGGUGCUGGUGGUGGGGGUCAGCGGCUAUUGAUGUCCGUCACAACACGGCCAUUGCCAAGGGCAAGCGAGAAUCGCAUCUCGUUGACAGCCUUCAUGUCACGAGUUGGCUGCGCACGGGUCCCGCCUUGCACCCUGGCUCAGUACUCCUGGCUCACCGCUUUGCGCCACGACCUCAAAGGGAGAAGGAUGGCCCUCGUAAAAGGACGGCCCCCGCAGAGCGGGCGCCCGUUCGUGUUGCAGGGAUGUCGCCUGCUUGUGCGUGUCUUUGGCCUGCAAAGUGGAAAUUUUGCUUCGCAGCACGACCACUGUCGAUUCCCCGCAGUGUGUUUAGUUUGGUUGUCCUUCCCCCGCACCUCCGAUGAGCCACGGUUGGCUACGUACGGCGCGAGAGAAGUUCAACGUACAGGUGCGCGCAAUGUGGCGCUCGCGUUCUCAACCUUGGCGGGAUAGUGGGGCGAGUCGCCCCCCGAGUCCGCAUUGGCAGCCUUGCGAUCGCGAGGCCGUUCGCUCUAACCGCAGGUCAAACCCGGCCGGAGUUUGCCAUUCCACAUUACCGCAAACGCUCUACAAUUGGCUCCCGAGUAGGUGGCCCAAUGUUUUUUUGCCGUCUGAUAGAAGCGUGCGGUCCCGCGAGAGUGUCAGCGGGAGGGCCUGGGCGGUGAGGUCGCAGCAGAGCCGCUGAAGGUCCAAAGGGGGCAGCACCGCCCACGUGACCUCGCGCCGCUCGCGACGACAUCCAGGCUGGAGCGCGACGGCACUCGGCGUGACGGGGCCGUGGCGUCGUGAAGAUCCCUCGGUGAUCCUCCCGUGCACAGAGCUCGCUCCCCCCCCCCCCCUUGCUGGCCUGAACACAAAAGUGAAAUUACACGGCUAUGUGAAGUGCAUUGUUAAAAAAUAAAGCCACAAGGUUUGGGUGCUGAAAUGUCCAAUAAACUUCAAAAAUUGCCUUUA